AUGCAGAGAUCACAAGGGAAGAGGAAAGAGAACAGCCAAGCUCCCAAGUCAGAAACUCCUCUCCUUCUAGAUCAAAUGCAGUCGGCUCCUCCUUACAGCAUGCAGCAGGAACCAUACUCUUAUCCUCUCAGGGCUUCUGUUUUACUAAAUAGUAAUACCAAAUCAGAGAAGCUGCAUAUGACUCGGUUCAAUGUAAAUAAAAGAAGGAAUGUACUUUAUGUCAUUAAUUCACGGGACAAGCUGUGGGUCACGUCGCAGGCUGCUUGUCCUGCUGUGCUUCGAAGAAUUAUGAUGGGGGAGGAAGGAAAGACAUGCAGGUGCAGUAAUCAUCAGAUUCCCUAUGUGUCAGACCUGGAGUAUGAUCACCUCAUUAACAAUCAGAUCUCCUUUAAGGAGCAGAUUGUAGUGGUCUGUGUCUCAUCUUCUUCACAAACAAACAAGGAUCCCAGUGAAGACAAGAUAGAGCAGCUGUAUAAAAGAAAGAACAAGAACAGAAGUAUGCCUUGUGCUCAGGGUUGUCUGGAUUCCUUUCGCCUCCUCAAAUAUGAUAUCACUUCUGCAGAUGCAUUUACAGAUCGUAAGGGUUCCUUAUUGGAAAAGAGACAUAAUGUAACUCCUGGCGUGGUUUUGGUAUGUUAAAACUAUUACAAUUAUUUAAC